UUUUUCUCUCCUCCGCGGAGCCACAGCGAGAAAGAGGAGGGCUGAAAAAAAAAAAAAAAAAAGAAAAAGCGACGAGUUUCCAGCAUGACGAGACAAAGACAGUGACUGAACAUUUGUCAGAUAAUGAUUUAAGUCACUUUGGCGACCGACCAUGUCGAUAAGAGAGCUCAAAGUUUGUCUUUUAGGGGACACCGGCGUGGGCAAAUCCAGCAUCGUGUGUCGCUUUGUCCAGGAUCACUUCGAUCACAACAUCAGUCCCACGAUAGGAGCCUCAUUCCUGACCAAGACCGUGCCGUCCGGAGGCGAGCUGCACAAAUUCCUGAUCUGGGACACGGCGGGACAGGAGCGGUUCCACUCAUUAGCGCCGAUGUACUACAGAGGAUCAGCUGCAGCUGUCAUCGUCUAUGACAUCACAAAACUGGACUCUUUCCAGACACUAAAGAAGUGGGUCAAGGAGCUGAAGGAACACGGACCCGAGGACAUCGUUGUCGCCAUCGCAGGGAACAAGAAUGACUUAGGAGACAUCAGGGAAGUCCCCAUGAAGGAGGCCAAGGAGUUUGCCGAAUCCAUCGCCGCCAUCUUCAUCGAGACCAGCGCCAGGAACGCGGUGAACGUGGAGGAGCUUUUCCAGAAAAUCAGCAAACAGAUCCCACCGCUGGAAAAUCCGGACGUGGACAGCACCGAAUCGUUCAAACUGACCAGGCAGCCCGCUCCGUCCGCCAGGAGGUGCUGCUAAUACAGCCGCAAAACGACAAGGUCACAACCGCCAACGCAUGUGCGAAAAAGUGUGGAAAAAUAGAACAACAAAAUGUUGGAAUAUUAUGAGAAAAACUUGGGAGUGUUGUCAAAAAGAAAGUCAUGACAUUACUGCAAUGAAGGUGGAAGUGGUUAUAAUGUAAUAAUAACCUUUUAUUUUGGCGGCUCAGUGGAAAGCAUUGGCCUCACAGUUCUGAGGACCCGGGUUCAAUUCUAGCCCCGCCUGUGUGGAGUUUUCAUGUUCUCCCCAUGCCUGCGUGAGUUUCCUCCGGGCACUCCGGUUUCCUACAACAUCCCAAACACUCUAAAUUGCCCCUAGGUGCGAAUAUUAUGCGGCUGUUUGUCUUUAUGUGCCCUGCGAUUGGCUGGCGACCAGUUCAGGGUGUGCCCCGCCUCCUGCCUGUUGACAGCCGGGAUAGGCUCCAGCGCUCCCGCGACCCUUGCGGGGAUAAGCGGCGAAGAAAAUGGAUGGACAGACUAUCUUUUAUUUUACAUGAAUAAAGAUGUCCUAUAAGAGAUUUUAGUUGUGACUCCAGAUGUACAAAAAAGAUGUAAUUCCAUUUCCUAUUGGAAAUGACAACAUUUUGAAAGAAAACUUGUAUUGUAACGGGGGAAAAAAUAUUAAAAUAAAAACAGGCGGUGCAAAAAAAUAUGUAAAGACAUUAGAAUUGUACUUUUAGGAGAAAAUGUAAUAUUUUAAAGAAUUGCACUCCUGUGGAGCUGAUUUCAACUUCUCUGGCGACCUUCAAAGCUCUUCCAUGGCACAUUAAUUUCCAAUUCCAAUGUGCGCGUGUAGCACGCGUGUGCAUUUGUGUAAGAUGUAACUGUAAUGCUGCACAAUCAUGGUUACAGUAUGGCGCCUCUUGCUGGAACACUGUGACCCCCCCCCAGCACCCCCCUCGCCACCCCCUUUACUACAAUUGUUUACAUGCUGAAUGAACUACACAGGAACCUCCACUGUGGAACUGUCAUGUCAAGUGUAAAAAGAAGUCAACCAAUGUCGAGUGACAAAGUAAAAGCGUUCCGUUGCUGUUUUAUUUUUUUGCUCUCUCUAUAUCAAAGAUUGCGGUGCUAAGGUUGGAUUGUCCGACAAAAGUGGGAGAAAAUUGCAAUUUUAUUAAUACAAAGAUGUAAUUUUAUGAAACAAACAAGUUGUCAUUUAAAAAAAACAUUUUUUUAAGUCUUGAUUUUUACGAGAAUAAAAUGUGAAUUUUAUAAAAACAGUCUGAUUUAGUGAGGAAACAUUUGUAAUAAUCAGUAAAAUGUUGCAAUUGUGAGAGUUAAUUUGAAAUUCAUCCGGAAUAAAAUUGAUCAGUUAUAUUUAUAUAAGUAUAAAAUUGUAUUUUCAGGUAAAAAUUGUUCCAAUUUUAGAAGUAUAAAAUCAGUCUUGUGGCUGUUCAGCAGAAAUAAAUUCAGAAUUUUAUUCAAAUCUUACAAGGAAAAGAAAUCUUAAUUUCACAACAAAAAAACAUGCCAUUUUGUGUAAAUAAUGUUGUAAAAUUUGCAAGAAUAAGGUCAUAAUUUUACAAGGUGAAAUUGUAACUUUAUGUAAAAGUAUUAUGACAAAAAACCUGACCAUUUUAAAGAAUUUUUCUUUACUUUUUUUCUUACAAAUAUGAAGUCAGACUUUUCCAAGAAUAGUCAUAAUUUUAUGAAGGAAAAAAAAAAUCACAAUUUUCUAGUUGCUCUUUGCUGUCGGAUAUAUUUCGUAUGACACAAAAAGUUCAAUUUCCUCUCAAAUGGCUGUUCAUGACAUUUUUCGAUGUCAUAAUGAUCAUAAAACAAAAAAUUGACCUUUUUUCCUUGUCAUUGCUCCUCAGUAUUAUUUGCCGUCCAACUGCUUGCGUGAAGAAACUCACCUUGCAAGCACAAUAUGUAAUCCAUUUUUAACAUUCUUACAAGACGUUAUUAAGCGUAUAAUAAAACUCCAAUAAAGUCAAACUGCUCACGAACUGAGUUCGUCCUUUAAAUGCUUUCCGAGCUGUAGUUUUGUUCCACUUUGGAGGUUCCGCCAUUGGUGGUUUCGUUACAGGGACUACAACAGGUGUUUUCCAUAUAUUUGUAUUUUGACCCCACAAGGGUCACAUUUACUUUGAUUUUUGUUUUGUAUUAUUAUUACUAAGCACGUGGCAAGUGUUACUAACAAACAAACACGACAUGUCUUUGUUUUGAAAGCAAGUUUUCUUCUGACUCAACACUUUAUUCUCAUACAUGCUGGACUCAUGCUAGUAACAUGUGACGCGUCUUGGAUGUCAACCAAGUUGACGUUCCCAAAAGUGCUCGCGUGCAUGAAUCAACUGCUUUGUAUCCUCUUGAACUUGUUUAUGUAUCUAAUUAGUGUACUGUAAUAAAAUUACAAUGAUUCUGUAAUAUUCUUUGA